AUGAGCUUCCGUCGUAUUUCAGUCAUUAGGGUAGGUGUAAUUAGGUUCAAAUUCUUUUUAGGACCUGUUCUAAUAAGGACUAAGAGGAAAGGCCAGUAUGUUCUCCUUUACAAGUCCUACACAUACUCAAGGAGCGCAAAGUCGAAAAAAGGAACGGUUUGGAAAUGUACUGCAAGCAAGAGCGAGGAGUGCGAAGCUCGGAUGACCACAGAUGAUAACUUGAAUGUCGUUGCUAGUAAAGGAGAGCAUACCCAUAAACCAACUGAAAGGGAGGUGACAGUGGUGACCACGGUAAGUGGUGCGACACUCCUCAUCCUGAACGGGUAUUCUUUCACGAACCCUGCACCCAUGACAGGCGGUGAACGAUGGUUCUGUUCUGGCAGAAUCAGGUGGAAAUGUAACGUAUGCCUCUGCGUCAACGACGACUAUGAACUUGUCUGCAUAUCCAACGAACACUCUCAUGAACCCCCUAGAGAAGGGGUCGUAGACACAGACGUCGACAGAGUUGGAGAAACACACCGAUACUGCGUUUGCGACCACGGCGUCGCCACAAGAAACAUCAGCUCAUACGCCCAGUUGGACCUUAUAACAAGCAUGGUUACUGCGUGAAUUGUGUAAAACUUUGCAAUUUGUUCUUAGGUCCGGAAAAGGCUAGGUAUGCUAGGAUGCGCCAAGUUACAACUUACUGCAAUCGAUGCAAGAAUAAUCCACAUUAUUGUACGAAAUGCUUCGUAAUAAAACAUUCACAUCUUGUCUAUUAAAGAUGGCUGCGAGCCCAGCUCUUUCGAUAAAAUCAUUGUUGGUUUUAUCUUUACAGUUUUAAAGUUCGGAAUUAA